AUGAAGUUCUCUGUUGCCACUCUUCUUGUCGGAUCUGCUGCCGCCUUUGCUCCUGUCUCUGUUGAGCGCUCGAGCACUGCCUUGAAUGUUGAAUUCAACGUCCCAUCUCAGGCCCUUCCCUUCAAGGGAGUGUGCGCUCCCGACACUUUGGACGGAUCCCUCGUCGGAGAUGCCGGAUUCGACCCCGUUGGUUUCUCCACCGCUCCUUUCGCCAACUGGUUCGACGUCGGCCAAAAGACUUCCAUGAGCGACUUGGAAUGGCUUCGCGAAGCCGAGAUCACCCACGGACGCAUCGCCCAACUUGCCGUCCUUGGAUUCAUCUGGCCUUCGGUGUUUGGAACCUUCCCCGGAAACGAAUGGUCUGGAGUUGACGCUUACUCCUACACCAACCCCACCGAAUCCUUGAGCCAUGUUCCAGUCUUUGCCACUGAACAAAUCGCCGGAUUCAUGAUCUGGGUUGAGCUCUACCGUGUCAAGUGCAUCCGUGAGGAUGGUGCGGACCGUCUUCCAGGUGACCUUCGUCUUGGACAAGGUGAGGGAAGAGCCAACCCCUUCAAGCUUGACUACACUCCUGAGGAGUACGAAGAAAAGCAACUUCAAGAAAUCAAGCACUGCCGUCUUGCCAUGCUUGGAGCCCUUGGCCUUUGGUUGCAAUCUGUUUACUCUGGAACCGACAUUGCUUCUCAAUUGGGAGCUGCCUUUGAAGCCCCCGCUUACGUUGCCAAGGCCGGAUACUUCCUUCCCGAAGGUAUCUAA